AUGGCGUCAACAGAAGAUCUUGUGAUUCAUGAGCUGAAUGGUGAUUUCUUUACCACGUUGGGUCUUACUCGUGGCCCAGUUCUCGGUGAUGGAAUGAGUGGAGAAGUUGUUCUAACGACUUUCAAGGAUCAUCCAUCAGAAAAGAAAGCUGUCAAGAUAUUCUCCUUACUGACUCCAGAUGGAGGUGUUAGAAGCCAUAGGUUGUUCAAUACCGAAGUUAGGGCUUUGCAAGGACUGCGUCAUCCAUACAUCAUCAAGUAUUUCGGAUCAGUUCGUUGUCCGGAGCACCUGAUCAUUUGUACUGGAUACUGCCCAAAUGGAACCUUGACUUCCAAACUGGACAACUUGAGCUUUGGUUUAUGUAAUAAGUACUUCUUUCAGCUAGCCAGCGCUGUGCGUUAUCUCAACAUCCAACAGAGGAUGGUUCACAACGAUAUCAAACCCGACAAUAUUUUUAUUGACGCGAACAACGACGCCGUCCUUGGAGACUUUGGACUAGCAUUUGCCAUUCCUCCAAGCUCCACUGUUGUGUCUACAGCUGGUAUGGGUGGCACCCUACACUUUAAUGCCAUAGAAAAAGAAGUCUGGAGUUACGUGGAUCCGCUAAAGCUAGACGUUUACUCUCUGGGGGUGGUUCUAAUGUGUAUGCUGUUCAACCGCCUACUAACAACCGAUACUAUGUACGAUAUCCUGAAAGAUAAGCAACUGCUUAUGGCUAUCCCUAAUCCUUUGGGACUGUGUGUGCUAUCCAUGAUUCAACCUUUCCCGUGCCACAGAUGGACCAUGGCCCAAAUACUGAGAGAGGUUCGCAAAAUGGGUUACAGCACAAGUCCAAGUGAUGCGACGUAA